UACAGCAACAUUUCAUGUCCCACCACAAAACACAAUAAUCAACACUCGUUAUAUAUAGUUAUGAAUAAGCAAACUCGUUUUUAAUUACGCGAGAAGGAACAUCCAUCUCGAGUGAGGAGGGAUUUGAUUAUCAAUUAAGCAUGGAGGGGGAAAACCGGCACGAGGUGCGUGGUGAACCGGAGUGGUUAAGGAACUACCUUGACCGGCAGGGAGAUUGGUUAGAGAAAACCAAGGCAAAUCUCGUGGUCGCUGCCACAAUCAUAGCCAGCAUGAGCUUCCAAAUGAUGGUUAACCCGCCAGGUGGAGUCUGGCAAGAGGACAAAUGUAACGUUGGUGGUGGAGGCGUAGAUUGGGCCGGUCUCCCUCCGGUUAGUCAACUGGACCCGGUUUGUACCAAGAUAGCCGGUACGUCGGUAUUGGAGCACUCGGAUUCAAAGCGUGUAGGCUAUAUCGGUGCAGUGAUCAGCUGUACGGUAUCGUUUUCAGCCUCCAUGAGCAUUAUCCUCCUCGCUAUCAGCGGUUUGCGUCUCCGGAACCGGGUAUUGAUGAUAUUGCUGAUCGUGCUGAUGGUAACGGCGGUCGUGUGCAUGGUCUCUGCUUACGGCUUUUCGGUGGGAUUGGUUCAGUCGGACGAUGCAGUGGUGCACAUGAUAUUGGGUGUUUACAUUUAUUAUUGGAUUUUGUUCCCUGCCCUAAUCAUCCUGAUUCAGAUUCUACGUUUCCUGAUUUGGAUUUUGCGUUUGGUGUUCUGCAAACCAAGAAGACCGAGGCCGAGGUCUUAUGGUCAUCUCACUUCUUGAAACUAUCUUCCUUUUUGUAUGGAAGUGAUUAAGGAACAAAUCAAUCGCGGAGACGAGAUUAAUUCUGUCGUGUUGUGUUCAUGUUCAUGCUAUAUAUAUAUAUCCGUGUAUAUGUUGGAAUAUUUGAUAAAUAAUCCCAUGUUAUAUGUGAUUCA